GCGCUUAGUACAGCCAAGAGUCCUGGCCACUAUCGCAGAGUUGGACGGAACUAACUUGAAAACAACACUUCUCACAAUGUCCGAUAUAUUGGGCGAUAUUAUUCUUAAGAACCUGGUCAACCUUGGCUUGGAUGACACCUUCAGCGACCAAUCGAUGCCUCGUCUUACCCGUUCGUCUUCAUACUUCAACCCGACGGCCAAGACCCUGAGCUUGAGCUCUGAGCAACUGGCUGACGACAACUGGCCUUUCGACAUCUGGAGCGACGCAGCGCCCAGCAAACCCCAGAACCCAUUCCGCCCAGACCGCUCCAUGAGCCUCACGGAGAACAGUAUUCCUGCCUUUGGCAAUAAGGGCAAACUCACCAACGAAGUACCCCCUCCACCUGGAUUUCCUCCCCUCCCCAACCAGCCUACCCUUCCCUCCAACCGUUACAAGACCGAACUUUGCCGAAGUUUUCAGGAAAAUGGCAGCUGCAAGUACGGGAACAAGUGCCAGUUUGCGCACGGAGAGGCUGAGUUGCGCAGUCUGUACAGGCACCCCAAAUACAAAACGGAGGCGUGCCGCACUUUCUACAACUUUGGGUACUGUCCCUACGGCACACGGUGCCACUUCAUUCACGAAGACAAACUGUCCUCUUCGGCCAUGGGCCAGAAGAACACCGCGCCCCACGGCGCUAAUCCCCGUUUCCUCCGCCAGAGUGUCAGCUUCGCGGGGUUCCUGGGCGCGCGCAGCUCUUCCCCUCCGUCUCUGCACGAGCCGCAGGGCUUCACCCGCGCGCCCUCGGUGUCCCCACCUCCAGCCGACCUCCUGUCUCCGGUCUUCAACGACUCAUUUCAGUUCGGCCAGAGCCGGGCCAGUGUCGGCGACAUACAGAACAUUCCAAUGAUCAUCGAGCCUCAGCAGAAGACGGCGUCCCGCUGCGUGUGUGGCCACGGAAAUAAAUACCCGUCAGCUCUAACCAAAACUUUUUCCCUGGACGACCACCACCACCACGGCAGUGCCUACUUCAACCAGCCCAACAACCUGCAGAGGUUCUCCUCGGAGGACUCCCUGUCCGACCACGAGAGCUACAGCUCCUCCGGGUCCAGCAGCAGCAACAGUGGCUCUGCGUCACCCACCUUUGACAGCGCGGGGGGCAAGCGCCUGACAGUCUUUGCACGGCUGUCUGUGUCCGAUUAAUGAGUUUCCGCCUGAAGUCUCGUUGUUGGGACUUUACUCGAAACUUUGAUGCUUUAAGAGAAAAAAGAAAAACACAGACACAACUUAUUUCUAGCUGUCAGACAACAAUAACAGUCGAGUUGCCUUAACAGGUUUUUUACUGUCUAUUUAUAUGUAGUAAUUUACAUGUCGAAUGAAAUUAUUUUGGUGCACAUAUUAAUCUAAAGCUAUGUAUUUUUGUAAUUACGUAUCAUUGUAUGCAUUUUGCAUAGUCUUCCAAUAGCUUAUUUGACAUGACAAUGGCAGAAACGCCUUUCAGAAGUGCCUUUCAAUUGUCUAAACUAAAAUGUAGUGGUGAGGAGUUUGUCACUGUUGGAAAAAAAUGUUCAUUCCACUUGCCAGCAAACCUAUUCCAUGGAUGCAGGAGUAUUGUAAUGUCAAACUGUUUUAUGUGUUAUUGCAUAGCCAUCAAUGUGACAGACUUGAAAGAUGGAUCGCCAUUCUGUUAUAUGCACUUUAAAAUUGGCCAUGGGAGAGAACGAAAACAUCUCCUCCCUGUAGCAUGAAACCAAAGCAUUACACUUUUUUAUACUUUAUAGUUUUAGACAAAAAAAAAUAUUGUUAGGACAGUUUUGUCACAACAACAACUUGUUUCUGUCAGAUUUCUAAUGCCAAGCACAAUCCCCUGCUAUCCUACAAAAGGGGGGGAAGAGGAGACAAGAAAAGAGGAAAAAGUUGUGUGCAACUGCUCUUCUCUUCACACCUGGGUUGUGUAAUUGUUGACUAGCCUUGGAGGUUUCUUUGCUGAGAGGAACCCUUGCUCUUUGCUGUAACACACAGUGCAGUAUUUCCAAGCAGUUUAGGCUGUCUUCAGUAUGUGUUUUAUUUUGUAAUUGUACAGACUUAUUUAUUAUGUAUUUAUUAAAGAUAAUAACAACAUAUUUUGUACUUAUUUAUCUGAAAGUUUCAGGGUCAUGAAAAUGUGAGCGUUGUUUCUGCUUAAGAAAAAAAGCAAACAAACAAAACAAAAUAUGCCUUUAUUUUAAUUAUUUUUGAAAUGAAAACAAUAAAUGCCAAAUCACAAACUGAA